UUCGCUUUAGGUAAAGAAACUGGUCAAGACUGCGCACAGGGCAAAUGAUCCCUUGCAGGUCCUUCUUCAGAGUUGAUCGAGUUUUAAAAUUCAGUACUACAUAUAUCGCACCAAAACCUGUAGGAUGUUUUCAGGUUCAGAGCUUUCACUAUUGUGUUACACUUCGGAGGAUCAGAGAAGUUAUCAUCGAUUAAGCUGUAAUUUAAUUAUGCAAGCUAGAAAGAAGAGCCUCGUUAUUGAAGAUCAUGACAAGAAACAGAAAAAUACAAAUCUUGUAUGGAGACCAGUCUCCACUUGCGCCAGUUCUCGUAAAGGAAGCUUGGUAAAGAAUGUGAUGGUUGAGUCAGAAGAUGGAGGAGAUAUUCAUGAAGUGGGCUGUAGUGAAUCUAGCACUAUUAUGAAUGACCAUGUUACGGAGGCAGCUGCUGAAGUUGUGGUUGAAUUAACUGAAUCGGCUGACACAUCUAGCCUAGUGCUAGAAGGAAGUUUAGCUGUUUCCACCGAAAAGCACUCAAUUUCUGUUGAGGUUGGUGCUUCUCUAUUUCGUUUUAUCAAAGGAAAAGGGGGAUCCACGCAGAAAAAUAUUGAAGAGGAGAUGGGGGUUAAGAUAAUUUUACCAUCUUCAAAAGAAGAUGAUUUUGUCACCAUUGAAGGCAUUUCAAUCGAUAGUGUGACCUUAGCUUCCAAGAGGAUACAGGCCAUAAUUGAUGAGGCAGUCAAGAGUCGAAAUCUUGAUUAUUCACACUUCAUAUCGCUUCCCUUGGCUAUCCAUCCUGAGUUAGUGAAUAAACUUGUCAGUUUUCAAAAUUCGAUCCUGGGAACUGGUGAUUCUUGCGUGGAUGAGAAUCUUGAAUCUGAUUCCAAUGAAGAAAAUACCGACAAUGAAGAACAAGAUGCUUUGUCAGAGGAAAAACCUAAAGUUGCAGUUGAAGUUAAAGUCCGUGACAGCAAUGAAUCAGUUGAAGUGAAUCUCACAAACAUACCACUUGUCAGUUAUGCACCUAAAGCAACCAAAUCUUCUACAUCCAAGUCUCCUGAUUUAUCUGACUUGGGGAUUGACAGGUCUAUAUUCAUUAAGCCUAAAACGUUUCAUCUUACUGUACUCAUGCUGAAAUUGUGGAACAAGGAUCGAGUUAAGAAAGCUACUGAGGUCUUACAGAAUAUCUCUUCAAGAGUCAGGGAAGCCCUUGACAAUCGGCCUCUCUCUGUGAAAUUAAAAGGAUUGGAUUGCAUGAAAGGUUCUCAGGCAAAAGCUCGUGUCCUGUAUGCUCCUGUGGAAGAAGUUGGCAGUGAGGGCCGUCUUCUACGUGCCUGUCAAAUUAUUAUUGAUGCAUAUGUUGAAGCUGGACUUGUCUUAGAGAAUGAUGUUAAUCAGAAGCUGAAGUUGCAUGCAACUGUGAUGAAUGCAAGGCAUAGAAAAAGGACGAAGAGGAAAAGGUUUGAUUCUUUUGAUGCACGGGGCAUAUUCAAGCGGUACGGAUCAGAGGAUUGGGGAGAGUAUCCCAUUAGAGAAGCACAUCUGUCCCAGAGAUUUUGCUUUGAUGAAAAUGGAUACUAUCACUGCUGUGCUUCAAUACCCUUUCCUGAAAAUAUGGAGGUAGAAGUAGAAUGAUUAAUGUAUUAAUGAUAUGAUUAGUCAGCUUUCUUUUCUGCUGGAAUAAAGAUCUCACUCAGUCUUGGUUUCUAACUUCUUAGUUUCAAAUGUAUUCCCUGAAAUGGCUUUCUUGUAAACUUCAACUUCCUCCUGUUCAUAUCUGAGAAAAUAUUCUUCAUAACUAAUGUUAGAAUAUUAAUCAUUGCUCUAUCAGUUUAGUUAU